CCUGGUAGCUACGGUAACCGCUCUGGGUUGACAGAUGUAUUGGAUUGCACUCUGUGUGACCAGGGGAUGUUUUGCAGAGGCUCAGGGAACGAGUCCCCCACCGGCCCGUGUGACUCCGGCUUCCUGUGCCUCGGUGGAGCAUCCGCUCCUGCCCCCACCGAUGGGGUCACCGGCGCUCCCUGCCCCCGGGGGUUCUACUGCCCAGCGGGGAGUUACUCCGCAGUGCCCUGUCCAAAAGGCACCUUCAGUGAGAGGAGCGGGCUCGGCGAGCAGUCUGAGUGCCAGCGAUGUUCUCCAGGGUUCUACUGCGCGGAACCGGGGCUGACUGCCGUGAGCGGACCCUGCCUGUCAGGCUUCUUCUGCCUUGAGGGCUCUCCAGACGUGACCCCGGUGGCAGAGGGGUACGGGGACCUGUGCCCGCCAGGCCACUACUGUGAGAACGGCACCGCAGCGCCCGCCGCCUGCCCAGCGGGCACACACCGACCCCAGACGGGCGGGCGUGGGAGGCAGGACUGUGUGACCUGCCCUGCAGGCUGGUUCCAGGACCACACAGGGCAGACGGAAUGUAAACCCUGCCCUGCAAGGUUCUACUGCCCCUCCCCCCAUCAGGAGGCUGGUGGGGUAGUUACCCCUGUGACCUGCCCGCAGGGGUAUUUCUGCCCUGGCGAUGCCCCUCUGGACAGCCCUGUGCCCUGCCCCAGGGGCACUUAUAGCAGUACUGAGGGCCUGAGCACUGCAGACGAGUGCUGGGUUUGCCCCGCGGGGCAUUUCUGCGGAUCGGACGGCCUCACCCAGCCCACGGGGCCUUGCGCGGCAGGCUUCCUCUGCCACAUCAGGGCGGUGGUGCCCAACCCUGUGGACGACAGCACCGGCUCCCUCUGCCCCCCUGGGGCAUUCUGCCAGGCGGGGAUCAUAGCAGGAGAAUGUUCUCCAGGAUACUACUGCAGUGGGGGUUCCACCAGCCCUGAGGGGGUUCUGUGCCCUGCAGGGUUCUACUGCCCCAAGGGUUCCCACACACCCUUCCCCUGUGAGGCCGGAACGUUCUCCUCUGCAGCGGGAAACAGUCACCGUGGCAACUGCACAUCAUGUCUGGCAGGAUUCUUCUGUCAGGGUGAGGGGGUAGUGCAGCCCGAGAUUUGCCCCUCGGGUCACUUCUGCCCCCCUGGCACGUCCUUGGCCCAGCAGUUCCCCUGCCCUCCAGGAACCCUACUUCCCCUGCCAGGGGCAACAAGCCCAGAGGAUUGCCUGCUUUGCCCCGCAGGCUUGUUCUGUGCUCUGCCGGGUCUAUCUGAGCCCACUGGCCCGUGUCAAGAGGGGUUCCACUGUUCCCCCGGAUCCAGCAGCCCAAACGGAACCGGAAUCACCAUGCAGAUGGAGUCCGAUGAAGGCUCAAUCUGCCCCACUGGAUUCUACUGCCCUGUUGGCACAUCCUACCCCGUCCCCUGCCCACCUGGUACCUUUUCCAGCACCCCGGGGCUGACUCGGGCCGAGCAGUGCCAGCCUUGCCCUGGGGGGCUGUGGUGUGGCCGCGCGGGCAUGACCCAGAUCGCUGAUGCUCUGCUCUGUGAGGGAAGAUAUGUCUGUGUGGGCGGCAGUGUGAGCCCCCGCCCUGGCGAUGGCAUUAUGGGAUACCUGUGUCCUCCAGGGCACAGCUGCCCAGCUGGCUCAGCAUUGGAGGUGCCCUGUGAGGCGGGCACGUACAGCUCCAGCUCGGGCGCUGCCAACUGCAGCCUGUGCCCGGCUGGCACCAUGUGCCCCUCCGAUGGCAUGCAGGAGCCGGCCCUGUGCCCGCUGGGUCAUUUCUGCCCCGUGGGCACGGCCUUGCCCCUGCCCUGCCCCACAGGCACUCUGGGGCAGAUGGCGGGUGCCCCAUCCCAGGCCUCCUGCUCCCCCUGCCCCACUGGACACUACUGUAACUCCCCAGGAGCCUCUCAGCCUCAAGGCCGAUGUGAGCAGGGGUACUUCUGCCAGGGUGGGGCCAGCAGUCUUGCCCCCCAGCCCUCCGCUGAGCUGCCCCAGAACGGACCCUGCCCAACUGGGCACUACUGCCCCCCUGGCACCCUCUCGCCACUACCCUGCCCAACAGGCACCGUCCGCAACCUCACCGGGGGCGUGUCCAUAGAGAGCUGCUUCUCCUGCCCCGGGGGGUAUUACUGUGACGGGGAGGGGCUGGACACCCCCAGCGGACCCUGUGACGCCGGGUUCUACUGCCCCUCGGACUCCUCCUCCACCACCCCCCACACAUUUAUGUGCACCAAGGGUCACUUCUGCCCCCAGGGCUCCCCCCUGCCCCUGCCCUGCCCCACGGGCCAGUACCAGCCCACCGCUGGCUCAGACUCCUGCAUCCCCUGCCGCCCCGGCUUCUACUGUGAGCAGGCAGUGGUGGGAGACCCCCUGGCCUGCCCCCCACACACCUUCUGCCCCGCAGCCACCAUGGUUCCCCAGCCCUGUCCCGACGGCACCUUCACCCCCCCUGGCCAGGGGGGUCUGAGGGAGGAGAGGGAGUGCCUCUCCUGCCCCCCGGGGAGGUACUGCAGGGCUGGCCAGAUUAAAGGCGUGUGUGCGGCGGGGUACCUGUGUGUGUCGGGCAGCUCUGAGUUCACCCCUCUGGAGCGCGUCCUGGCCGAAGGGGAGGUGUGUGAGUGGGGGGUGCAGUGUGCCGGAGCGUGCCCAGCAGGGUUCUACUGUGAGGAGGGCACAGAACGGGCGAUGCCAUGCCCUGACAACACGGUGCGCAGCUCUCCUGGAGCCAGCAGCCUCAGCGACUGCCUGCCAUGCCCACCCACACACUGGUGCAGAGAGGGGGGCGCUGUUCUGCAUGCCUGCCCGGUGGGACACUACUGUGACGGCGUAGCUGACUAUGAGUCAGGGGGCAGACCAGGACCCAGGAAGUGCCCGGUGUUCACCUACAGACCCACUCCCUCAGCAGGAAGCAAAGGGGACUGCCACCCCUGCCCACCGGGGACAUUCUGCAACUCCACAGGUCUCAGUCAUUACUCUGGGCUUCUCUGCCCUCCCGGGUUCUGGUGCAGUGGGUCCAGUCCGCCGGUGCCGUGUCCUGCGGGCACCUUUAGGGCGCAGCCAGGGGCAGCUGACGUCACCCAGUGUGAACCCUGCGACCCCGGCACCUACUGCCCUGACCCCAGGGCCACGGGCGUGCCCAACACAGCGGGCAUCCCCUGCAGGGCGUCCUACCAGUGCCCGGCAGGUUCAGCUCAGGAGACCUUGUGUCUGGCUGGGUUCUACUGCGGACCCCAGACAGGGGAGCCGCCGCCGUGCCCCCUGGGAUACAUGUGCCCACAGGGCUCCCACACGCACAGCAGUCCACAGCAGCAGUGCUCUUUCCCGUUCUUCUGCCCAGUGGGGAGCUCUGCCAAGCUCGCCUGCCCAGGUGGUUUCAUGCCCGUGAACUCCACAGGCCUGCGGGCAUCUCUGGAGAGCUCCUGUGUGCCCUGUCAGGCUGGCACAUACCGCCCAGCACUCGCCUCCGUCCUGCAGUGCCAGCCCUGCCCGCCUGGGUACCACUGCCCCGCAGGAGCAGAGAGCCCCAGUAGUCACCCCUGUCCAGCUGGAUACUUUUGCCCCCCGGGGUCUGCCAGCCCGCUUCCUUGCCCACCUGGUUUCUACGGCAACCGCACCAACCUGGAGGCUGUCGAGGAAUGCCAGACGUGCCCGGCGAGCACCUUCAACCACCUGCCAGCACAGACGGCCUGCUUCCCCUGUGGCAGCUCAGCCACAUCGGUCCAAGGCUCCUCGAGCUGCAGCUGCAUUGGGAGGAAGAGGGCCUUCCAGCCGUCCGACGGCUCGUGUUUGUGUCAGACGGGCUUUGUGUUCUACAACCAGCUGGACUUCAAGAGCUCCAGCGCAGACAGCCGGCUGGACUGCCAACCUGAGGUGAGUAAGCGCUGUGGUGGGGGAGAGGUGCGUCUGGCCUCGUCUCAGGAGUGUGUGUGUGUGUGUGUGUUUAGGUGAGUAGGCGCUGUGGUGGGGGAGAGGUGCGUCUGGCCUCGUCUCAGGAGUG